AGUACCAUAAACCCCCUCAUCAGCAGCCGUAACGUUCCUUUCGCUUCCUUCCCUAAAACCCUAGUAGUCCCACGCUCCGUCCGCCAUGGGUCGUCGCAAGAGCCACAACCCCACCACCAGCGGCGACCAGAGCUUGAAUCAGCAGCAGCAGCCCGCCAAGAUCCGGUUCAAGGACGGGGACGGCGACGGCGACGGCCAGGAAAACGCCGCCGGGAGCUCCAACCUCGACGAGGUCAUGUGCGACCCCGACGAGUCCACCGCCGUCGCCGAUAUGACGGUCGACGCCUCCACCCGCGAGGCCAACGAAUCGUUCCCCGAUGAUGCGGGUGACAAUCAGACCAGCGCCGAUUACUACUUCGAUUCCUACUCCCAUUUCGGAAUUCAUGAAGAAAUGUUGAAGGACAUAGUAAGAACGAAGACAUAUCAAAACGUCAUUUACCAAAACAAGUUUCUAUUUAAAAACAAAGUAGUUCUUGAUGUGGGAGCUGGGACUGGAAUACUGUCCUUAUUUUGUGCCAAAGCCGGGGCGCAACAUGUUUAUGCGGUUGAGUGCUCCCAUAUGGCUGACACGGCGAAGGAGAUUGUGGAAUCGAAUGGUUUUUCAAAUGUUAUAACAGUUUUGAAGGGGAAAGUCGAAGAAAUUGAUCUUCCUGUCGCAAAAGUUGACAUAAUCAUUUCUGAAUGGAUGGGAUAUUUCUUGUUGUUUGAGAACAUGUUGAAUACUGUCCUGUAUGCUCGUGACAAAUGGCUUGUCAAUGAUGGAGUUGUUCUACCUGACAAGGCUUCACUCUACUUAACAGCCAUUGAGGAUGCUGAGUACAAAGAAGACAAGAUUGAAUUUUGGAACAACGUGUAUGGGUUUGAUAUGAGUUGCAUCAAGAAGCAAGCCAUGACGGAACCUCUAGUUGACACAGUUGACCAGAAUCAACUUGUUACACAAUGCCAGCUACUUAAGACAAUGGAUAUUUCAAAGAUGACUCCCGGAGAUGCUUCCUUUACAGCUCCAUUUAAGCUAGUGGCAGAACGCGACGAUUACAUCCAUGCUCUAGUAGCAUACUUCGAUGUGUCAUUUACCAAAUGUCAUAAGUUGACAGGCUUCUCUACUGGGCCUCGAUCGCGGGCUACGCAUUGGAAGCAAACGGUCUUGUACUUGGAAGAUGUGCUGACUAUAUGUGAAGGUGAGGCAUUGGUUGGGAGCAUGACUGUGGCACCAAACAAGAAGAAUCCUCGUGAUGUGGAUAUAAAGGUCAAAUACUCGCUGAAUGGUAGACGUUGCACGGUCUCCAGAAUCCAAUACUAUAAGAUGCGAUGACCAGGUAAUUAUUAUGGCAUCUUUUUCUUCUUCCGCAAUUUUCAAAGCUGCAAUUGCUAAAGUUCAUGCAUGUCAAAUGUAUGGAAGAUGAGGCAAUCGUCGAGGGCUUGUUUAUUUUUCACUCCGACAUGGCAUCUUUGUUUGUAUCACUAAGUUAUUCUUUCCUGACAUUCGGAAGUUCUUAAGAGCUUCAAAUCAUUAUCCAGUGCUGAGAAAAUGCUUUUUUUGAGGAGCAA